UUGGUCCACUUGCUGCUAAUGCUGUGUCUAGAAAGCGCACUUCCCCAACAUGGACCCACUCAGUUGAUAGUGCUAACACCAGGUGCCACGUGUAGUAGUAGUUGGGUGCUGCUCCAUCUCCUCUCAGAGGAACAUGGACUGUCGAUAAAGAGGUACAUGAAGUAACUGACUGAAUAGUGUAGUUUGCUAUUUUGAUGGAGUUAGCUGUUAGCACC